AUGCCGUCCAAUAAUGAGCGUUCCCACUCCUUUAAGCGCAUCGGCAUCGUGGGGGCCGGCAACAUGGGCUCCAUGAUGAGCUUUGCCUUUACGGAACUCGGCCUUGACGUGUCCAUCUGGGACGCAAAACGAGAAAACAUCGACGGGAUACAGCAAUGGUGCGACGAAGGAAAGUUCACAGGCAAGGGCAAGGUUGAAGGCUUCUACGACAUCGACAAAUUCACCAAGAGUUUGGAGGGCCAGGGAGAGCGGAAACUGUUCAUCUUUUCCAUCACCCAUGGCGAUCCGGCCGAUUCCGUCCUAGACAUGAUCGAAAGCGACCUAAAAGAAGGCGACAUAAUUCUCGAUGGCGGAAACGAGAACUACCGACGAACAGAGCAACGGCAACGAAGAUGCAAAGAACUAGGGGUCAGCUGGAUCGGCAUGGGCGUGUCUGGUGGUUAUCAGUCGGCACGGCGUGGACCGAGCUUAUCGCCAGGAGGGGACCCCGAGGCAUUGGAGCUCGUCCUACCGUUACUGGAGCAAUAUGCGGCCAAAGACGAAAAGACCGGCCUCCCGUGUGUGACCAACGUUGGACCCGCAGGUUCGGGUCAUUUUGUCAAGAUGGUCCAUAACGGCAUUGAGGGUGGGAUGCUAUCCACGACUGCCGAGGCCUGGGCCAUCCUCCAUUACGGGCUGGGAUUAAGAUACGAAGAAAUCGCGGAUGUCUUUGAAGACUGGAACAACAAGGGCGAGUUGCGAAAGAACUUCCUUCUUGACAUCGGCGUGCAAAUCCUGCGCACGAAAAAGACCCCUCAGGGUGACCACAAAGGGGAAGGCACUAGCCAAAACGACGGUUACGUGCUAGAUGACGUGCUUGACAAAGUGGUACAGGACGAUGAUGACACCGAAGGCACGCCGUACUGGUCGAUCAUGGAGACCGCCAACCGGCAUGUUGCUGGGCCUACUCUCGCCACAGCUCAUUAUAUGCGCAUUGCCAGCGGAAACCGUGCGGAACGACUGAAGGUUGCCGAGAAGCUCAACAUUCCCGAGCCCAAGCCGAUUGAAGUCAAGGACCGCCAGGGAUUUAUUGAGAAACUGCGUCGCGCCGUUUACUGCUCCUUCUUGGCUUCUUUCUGCCAAGGCUUGGAACUGAUCGCCCGCGCUUCCAAGGAUGAGGGCUGGAACGUUGAUCUCAGCAAGUGCAUCCAGAUCUGGCGCGGGGGAUGUAUCAUCCAGUCCGAAGCCAUCGCUGACCUUCUACAACCGGCAAUGAGAGCGGAUCUGACCAACAUGAAAUUCGUGGAUGAGAUUGCCCGGGAGCUGCAUCAGCAGUGGGAUGCAUUGAAGGAGUACAUACCCGCCUUGUCUGCCACAUUAGAGUAUUUGAAGUAUGAAGGAGGGAAGAUGCUGCCCACCAAGUUUAUGGAGGCGCAGAUGGACCUAUUUGGAGCCCAUGCUUACUACAAACCGGGAGUUCCUGGGGAGGAUCCUGGGCCGGUGAAGAAGGGGCCGCACCACUAUGAGUGGCAAUGGCUGCCCUUCCCUCCACCUACGACGCCCGUCCGUAUCGCCGUCAUUGGCGGUACUGGCCUGAGUGAGCUUCCGGGCUUCACCAAGGUGGCCUCGUUGUCCGUCUCGACUCCCUGGGGCAACCCCUCCUCCCCCAUCACGAUCUUGCACCACCAGUGCUCCCACAACCAGCAGACUGUUGCCGUUGCUUUCCUGAGCCGCCACGGUCUGCACCACCAGAUCGCUCCCCACGAGGUUCCCGCCCGCGCCAACAUCGCCGCUCUGCGCUCCAUCGGUGUCCGCACCAUCAUCGCUUUCUCCGCCGUCGGCAGUCUGCAGGAGGAGAUCAAGCCCCGCGAUUUCGUCAUCCCUGACCAGGUCAUCGAUCGUACCAAGGGCAUCCGUCCUUUCACCUUCUUCGAGGGAGGCGUUGUUGCCCAUGUUCCUUUCGGAGACCCCUUCGAUGAGGGUGUCGCCAAGGUGGUUAGGGCCUGUGGACACAGCUUGGAGGGUGAUGGUGUGGUGCUGCACGACCGCGGCACUUUGAUCUGCAUGGAGGGACCUCAGUUCUCCACCCGCGCCGAGAGCAAGCUCUACCGCUCCUGGGGUGGUAGCGUCAUCAACAUGUCGUGCCUGCCCGAGGCCAAGCUGGCUCGGGAGGCUGAGAUCGCCUACCAGAUGAUCUGCAUGUCCACCGACUAUGACUGCUGGCACGAGUCGACCGCCGAUGUGACCGUGGAGAUGGUUAUGGGCAACAUGAAGGCCAACGCCGUCAACGCCAAGCGGUUCGUGACUGCCGUCCUGGACGAGCUGGCUGCCAGCCAGAACUCGGAGCUGGUCCAGGCCAAGCACAUCGAAGGGUCCAUCAAGUUCGGCCUCAGCACUGCUCAGCCGAACUGGAGCCCCGAGGCUCGGGAGAAGAUGAACUGGCUGUUCCCUGGCUACUUCAACUAG